UAACGCGGUUUAGCGGUGAAGACCGGUUCGCUUGCGUGUUCACAGACUUUGCCAUCCUCCCAACUAUUGGUGCUCUCAACCACAGCAAGACGCUAUGUGGACAGAGCUACUGUCUUUCUGUGUAGCUGGGCUUGCCCCAGUAUUCGUUUCGGCGGACGUGCUGAGCUUGUCUGGCUUGACUUGGUCUCUCGAAAACGGGAAUCACUCAAUAAACGUUCCCGCGAAGGUACCCUCUCAAGUGCACCUUGACCUUCUGGAAGCAGGCAUUAUCACAGAGCCCCUCUUAGGCAUCAACGAUUUUGCACAGCGGUGGAUCGUAGACAAUGACUGGACAUACAAGGCUGACAUCUCCCCCUUGACCCAGAAUUUGACGGACGAUACGAGGGCGUUGCUCGUCUUCUACGGCAUUGAUACCAUCGCGAACAUCACUAUCGCAGGGCACCCAGUCGCAUGGGUAAACAAUCAGUUCCAACAGUAUGUCUUCGACGUCACGGACCUCAUAAAAUCUCCCGUAAACAACGACACCAACCUCACGGUAGCCUUUGAGUCGGCUUGGCACUACGGGCAGAAUGUGACCUCUCGUCCGGAUGUGGAAGAUGUUCUUGUAGUCGACUUCGAGUACCCGGGUGUCCGUCAGUGGAUUCGCAAGACGCAAUCUGACUUUGGCUGGGACUGGGGUCCGGCAUUUGUCCCUAGUGGCAUCUUCAGGCCAGCUUACCUCGUCACACUCUCGCCCAACGCAUCUGCUAGUACGACACCGGCCUCACAUCCCCUUCUCGCGUCUACAGGCAGUGUGUUCUUUGAGGAGACCUCCCUUGAGAUAUCUAAGGUCGGCCAAACAUCUGCCGUCAGGGCCAAUCAAUCCGCCGACUGGCUCGUCAAUGUCACGCUCACCGUCCGCUCUGCCGUCUCCGCCGAUUCACCUACCAUCACCAUCUCCGUUCCUGAGCUGAAUGUCACCUCGAGCCCUCUUCCGGUCAGCGCUAUCCCUGCCGGGACGAAUGCGUCGACUGUCGUCAGCGCAAGUUUCACGGUGCCCGAGGGUAUACCGCAGCGGUGGUUCCCGCACAACCUCGGCACUCCGCAGUUGUACAACUUCACCGUCGCACUCGCGCUUGGAAACAGCUCGACUGAAAGCUUCACGAUCCGGAGCGGGUUCCGGACCAUUGAGCUCAUCCAGACGCCGUAUUCUCAGGAAGAGAUAGACUCGCGCGGGAUCACUCCGGGCGACCAGUGGCACUUCGAAGUGAACGGAAAGGCAUUUUACGCCCUCGGGACCAACAUCAUUCCGUUCGAUCCAUUCUAUGCGCGCGUGACGUCUGCCCAGGUCAGGUGGGUGCUCGAGGGUGCCGUGCACAGCGGGCAAAACAUGCUCCGUGUAUGGGGCGGAGGCAUCUACCAGCCAUCUGACGAGCUGACCGGGGGAUACGACUUCUACUCGGCGUGCGACGAGCUGGGCAUCUUAGCCUGGUCAGAGCUCAUCUUCUCGGACUCGCUUUAUGGGAUCAACGACUUCCUACUCACGAGCAUCGAGAAGGAGGUCCGCCAAAACGUCAGGAGGAUCAAUCGCCAUCCUAGUAAUGCACAGUGGGCGGGCGGAAACGAGAUCGAAGCCAUUGUCACUCUCGUGAAUCAGACGUUUUUGAAUGGCAAGCACUUCUUGGAUGAGUACCAAACCUUGUUCGGGGAGUUCUUGCACGACAUCGUCCUAGAGGAACAGUCCUCGGUUGCAUACACGGACUGUUCGACUACCAACGGCGUACUCAGCCUGGACCCCUAUGUGGUCAGGUAUAGCAACGAAACGUCUGGCUUCAUCUACGGGAACUCAGAGCGCUACAACUACGACCCUGCCGCCGCUUUCGACUACACUACCUAUCCGAUUUCCAGAUUUGUGAACGAGUUCGGAUUCAUCUCCAUGCCCUCGUUCUACAGCUGGGAAGAGGUCCUCGAGCACCCUGGCGAUUUCUCCUUUAACUCUCUUGUCGUCGCAUCCCGAGACCACCAUCUGCCAGCCGGCUCGCUCGUAUGGCCCAAUCCAAAUGCUGUCGCAGGCCAGACCGAGAUGACAACAGCCGUCGCACUGAACUUCCCCACACCCGGCACGACCGACUCGAACCAGACAUUCGCACAGUGGUGCUGGUCGACGCAGAUCUUCCAGUCUCUCAACAUGCUCUCCGAAAUCGCGUGGUACCGCCGUGGCGCCGGCCGGGGAGAGAAUAACCUCGGUUCUCUCGUCUGGCAACUGAAUGACAUCUGGCAGGGCGUGAGCUGGUCGGCGAUCGAGUACUCGGGGCGGUGGAAGGUCCUCCAAUACGGGUUGACGAGCAUCUAUUCCCCCGUGACGAUCUACCCGUUCUGGUUCGCCGGCAACGAGACUCUGGAGGUCCUCGUCACCUCCGACCGAUUGGAGACGGUGAGCGGUACCGCGCAGCUGACGUGGUACGACUGGAGCGGGCAUGCGGUCAACUCCAGCAGCGUGCGUUUCGAGGUCCCGACGCUGAACAAUUCGGUCAUUUAUUCUGCUUCGGGGUUGAGUAAAAUUCUUCCUGCUGGCAAGACCGCGUUGGACGUCUUCCUGCUCUUGAACGUCUCCGCAGUGGUUGAUGGCAAGACGGUGACACAGGAAUCUUAUUUCACUCCGGUCAGCCUAGCAUUGGCCAAACUUGUUGACCCCGCGAUCAAGAUCACGCCUGGCGACGACCUCACAUUCACGCUCUCUGCAAAGGGCGGCGUUGGAGUGCAUGCGUGGCUCGACCACCCUGCCGGCACGGUGGGCUACUUCCGGGAUAGUUCUACGGGGCUUCCUACAAAUGGCUUCUACCUCAUUCCCGGGAUUGACCGUACUCUGCAAUUUGUCUUCAACCCUUCGCUCUCCAAGGUUGCAAACCCCAACCCGGCGGAUUUCGUAGUGAGGUCGGUGUGGAACAACACCCAUUUAUGA